ACUGUGUGGGCGAGCCGCUUGAACGCAGCGCCCACUAGUGGCUUGAAGCCACCGCACGGUCAACCCGUUUCCGGAAGUGACGUUUUCACGUUGUCAAGGGAGGCUUUAGUUUACGGAACGUUUGGCCAACCGGACGCGUUCCUUUCGUUAAAUGUGUUCUGCAAUCACAGUUUUGGAUUAAAAACAAUUUGUCCACCCCAACAAGACUCUUUAGGAUGACUUGAUACUCAUCUCUUAGUCAAAAUCAAGGAUCUUCUGCGCAUCGACUGAGAUGUAAUGUCGCUCUCGGGGUUGUUUUUUUUUGGUAGCUAGCUGACCCAGUGUGAAGCCGAGUUGUCUUUAUAUUCAGGCAGAUCUUAACCAGGACCCUGAUCUCCAGCAUGGCUCAGCCCCGACAACCCGGGUCCGCUGUUGUAACCGACUGGCAUCGCUGCGCCGAGAGUAAAGACUUCUUCAACAGAAUACUACAUAAGAAAAGACGAAAACGCUUCGGCCUGUUGGAGUCUCGGGUCAUGCCCCCUCAUGUAGCUGUGGACACAGUUUAUUAUAAGAUCUUUCUGUCAGGGAAGAGCGGGGUAGGGAAAACCGCUCUAGCCGCACGUCUUGCUGGGCUGAAUAUUCCUAAAAUGCAUUAUGAAACCACGGGUAUCGAGACAACGGUGGUGUAUUGGCCAGUCAAGCUGAGAGAAAGUGGCCGUGUACUUUUCUUCCGCCUGCAGCUGUGGGACUGUGGAGAAAAUGCCUUGCGCAGAUUUGAUCACUUGCUUCCAUCUUGUAAGGAGCAGGUGGAUGCUGUUCUUCUGCUGUUCUCCUUCACUGACAGGACGUCAUUUGACGAUCUACCAAAUCAGAUUGCCAAGUGGUCGGAGCCAUCUGACAGAGUUGUGAAGUUGGUGAUUGGCACCAAAUUUGACCUUUUUAUGCACAGUGAUGUGACACAGAGAGAGGUGACCGAGUUCCAGGAUGGGCGGGGCUUGCCUGUGCUUCAUGUGGGGGGUGAAGUCAGCGACGGGCUGGGUGAUGUGGCACCCAUCCUAAACUGCCUGGCUGAACACUUGUGGCAGCAGGACUGUUUGGCAGCGACAACAACAGGUCACAUUUCACAGCAAGAGACAGGGACUCUGAAUGAACCUCAGUGAACGAACUCUGUGAGUUUCAUCCAGUGCUUUGUCAAUGUCUUCUGAAGGUUGGUCGGUGAUCACUCAGAAGGUUUCUUCAAAUUUUGUCAGGUUGUAGUGGACCAAUUUGAACUCAUUUACAGAUGUUGUGGAAUAACUGCACUACGCCGACAUGAUUUAUGGUGAGACAUUGCAUUAUAUUCUUACAUAAGAAUUGUCAGUUUGACUAUGUACUCCCAGUCCUUUUCAAUUAGGGUGAAUUCGGGUAAUCUGGGACAUUGGGUAAAGUGGGACACCUAAGCUCCAGUGUGUUUAUUUCCUGUUCAAACAAACUCUAGUCAAAAGGACUAUUACUAUAGGUUUAGCAAGGAUGUCAUGUGACUAAAAUCAAACGACUUCAUGGGGGUGAUGUCACAUAGGCGAAGGGCAUAUGUCAAUCAAAAGCUCCCCUGGGAAAUGCAUGACAAGGUCACCACUCGAAAGCAGUAGUGACAUAAGAUUCUGACAAGAAUAAUGUUAAUUAUAUAAAUCUGUCAUAAAUAUGACAAUGUCCCUAAUUGUUAUCAAUGUUUGUGAUCUAUUCAAGCAACAAAAUAUGCAUUAAAGUGUU